CUAGAAGUGACAAAUUUAUUUGCGGAAAAUGGCUUCUCGAUUUCUACCAAAACUACGCAGUUCACGACCUAGAGGGUUCUUCCGUGAAUUCAAUUACACUUUAUUCACGAUCGCCACAUGGAUCCCAGCCGUGAUAUUUUUCAACGGACAUGUUGGGGAGGUAACAUGGAUCAACGGCUCUUCGAUGUAUCCAUUUCUCAAUAGCAGCUAUGAUGAAAGUCUGGAGAAAGAUGUGUGUUGGACGAAUAAAUGGAGUCCAAUCACUGGUUUAAGGAGAGGGAUGAUUGUUUCCUUCCGAAGCCCAUCCAAUCCCGAAACUGUCUCGAUCAAGCGUAUCAUUGCUGUUGAGGGUGAUCUGGUCUUCACUCGAGCACCAUAUCCUCUACCAACAGUCCGAAUUCCCGUCAAUCACGUCUGGGUCGAAGGAGACAACAAAGAUACUAACAAGACCUUGGACAGCAACACUUACGGACCGAUACCAGUGAGCCUUAUUCAAGGGAAGGUAACCCAUGUAUUAUGGCCUUGGAAAAGCUUUGGGCCUAUCAGAUGGCAAGAAUUCAGGAGCAGGGCAAGAGUUAUCAAGGGUAGGCCCGAGAACGCACCAGGUUGGGAUUGAGAAGGAUGUGAAAUUCUUUCUUGCAUAUCAAUACGGAGGAAUAUCCAAGCUUGUCGUUGAAGACAUUCGAAGAGGAAUAUACUGGUGGUCUGAGAUGAAAGGAGGAGUUGUGGUCUUACCAUAGCUCCUAACGACGCCACGACAGUGCUAGAGCACCACAUUAGGAUACAUACUAUGAGACUUGAUCAUACCGCUAAGCACUCUGAAAAGGCUUCAAUGAGUUAGCAUACACGCACAAGAUGGAUCACCAAACGUUACCUCACGUGACGUAUAGAUAUACCUG